UAACAGCUUGUCUCUCAGUGGCCCUUCCAUCUGACAGAACAGUCAGGACUCUCUCAUAUCUCUCCCUCACAUAAUGGCCUGCAAGCAGGAAGGUGUUUUGUUCUAAAGGAGAAAGCCUUCAGGAUGUUGCUGCUCCAAAGCAGUAGAAGUGACUUCCUGCUGGGGGAAACGAUCAAAAAGCCAGACAAGCCCCUUGUUGGACAGCGCAAAACUUUCCAUUCUAAUUCAUACACUUUAUACAUGUGUAGAGAUGCUGUACAUACAGAACAUGCCCUCCAGACCCAUUAGAGGUUACUGGAAAAACAAAGAGGACUUGUGAGUGGAGUGGAGAGGUUUAGAGAUUCAAAUGUCAAGGACAAGUCAAAGCCAUAGAAACCAUGCUUUUCAACCUGAGCAAUGGAAGCUGCCAAAUCCCUCUGGCAAAUGACCGAGUUGGUCUAACCUACAUUUACAGCCUUGCCUUCUCUCUGGGUCUCCCAGCCAACCUGCUCUCACUUUGGGGACUGUACCAGCUAGGCCGGUCUGGUGUGGGUGGCUGCCAGCUGGUUUAUAUACUGAACUUACUGCUUUCGGAUCUUCUUCAGCUACUUACAUUGCCUCUUUGGAUCCUUUACCUGCAGGGAGACCACCGCUGGCCUUACGGGUCUAUGACAUGCCAGUUAGUGGGCUACGUCUUCUACGUUAACCUCUAUGCAAGCGUCAUCUUUCUUUGUCUCAUUGCCCUGGACCGCUGUCUCGCAAUUGUUUACCCUCUAAGCAGUCGUGGUGUACGGAAGGUCCGAGUGGCAGCAUUCUCCGGUGUUGUAGUCUGGACUUUGAUAUUUCUUUUCUGUCUGACUGGCCUCUACCCAUCUGUCUUUGAGCCCCAGAGACAACUGUGUCUUGAGCAGUAUCCCAUAAGCAACAGAUAUGCUUACUUCAAGAUUUCCACUGUAGCUUUAGGGUUUCUGAUGCCCUGCUCUAUACUAGGGUACACCUCAGCCCGAAUUGGUUGGACUCUACGGAACUCCCUGUCUGUCUCUGAUCACGAACGCCGCAGAAUUGUGGCGACCCUGAUUGUCAUCAUGGUCAUCUUUAUUGUCAUUUUUGGUCCUUAUCAUCUGUUGGGAGGCUACAGAUUUGUCAUGCUGCUUCUCACAGAAAGUGAGAAGGAGCAGUGUUCAGUUGAACUUUCCCUCUAUCUAUACUAUCGGAUCAGCUAUGGUCUCACCAGCCUCAACACUCUUCUAGACCCACUUCUGUAUAUCUUUCUUUGCAAUGAUGCUCGCCAGGAGCUUCGCAAAUCUCUUCUCUGCCCCUGCACAGGUCAUAGGUUGCACUAGUAUCGCGCAUCACAUAUUUUUCCGAAGGCCUUCUCAACCACAGCGCUUAUGGUUAGCCGUCUCGUGCCGAUGCUAAUCAGAGAUUGAUGUUUUGAGGAGCAUGUGCAAAGCCAGCAGGUAUUUUCACUCAUGAAGUGAAAAUGGCUUAUCAGACUGAGCUUUGACAAAUUGCUUGUUGCCACUGUAAUGACAUCAGUGGAGUCAUUAAGACAUGGCUGGUAUGAGAUAUUGUUAUGUUCUCUGAAUCACUGUAGCUUCUUGGAACCAUGUGUCAGCGCUCCGCCAGCAGCAUCUUCGGUUCAGUGUUCAGGCUUCCAGGCAGCUCGAUGAGAUUAUAAUUACAUUCUGCUCAGCAAAUGAAGGAAUAGUUCACAACAUUUUAAAUUCUGUCAUUAUUUACUCACCUUCAUUGUCGUUCCAAAUCCAUAAGGCCUUCUGACAUGUCACCAUAUUUUAUUUGUUUUCUUUACAGGAAUUUAUUUCAGUCUUUUUAUCAAACAAUUGAUUGUAUGGAUUCAAAAGACUUGGAAUAUAACACAAGUCACAUGGACUACUUUAUUAUACUUUUGGGAGCCUUUUUUUUAGCUUUAAAGUGAGUCACUAAAGACUGCUAUUUUAUUCAAAUCAGCAAAUGGAACAUCCUUUAAAAUAUAUCCUUUUUAUGUUCCGCAGAAGAAAGAAGGUGAUAUGGGUUUAGAAUGACAUGAGAGAAUGUAUCUCUACUGAAUUCAGUUGUAAUGUGUUUUAUCUAACACUUGUAAAAAUCUGUUCUAUGCUCUAGUCAUGGCUGUCAAUCUCUCUAGCGACAUUGAGUCAAAUCAAGAGUGUCACCUACUGGAGGAUAUAUGCAAAGACAUUCCAAUGUAUGCGGUCAGAUCAAAGCAAGUUUGAUCAAGCAACAGCAACUCGACUCCAUGCAUGCUCUUAGGUGCAUUUGACCACUAGAGGCCAGUAUGUUCAUUGUAAACUGGGGUUGUUUGCAUAUCCAUUACUACUUAUGCCAUGACAAAUGCUUCAAACAGUAGUAUGAUACAUUGUUGUCAUGUGAACUGAUUACAAGCAUGCUAGCAAAUAAAUCACUCUAAUCUAAAUUUGUGAAAAAUGCCUAAAAAUGUGUAAACCUGCAAAUGGCUAUAAAUUAUUCUGAGCAGAGCUCAUUCUGCUCCAACACACCUGGUUGUAAUUAGCUGUUUCAGGGAUUGGGUCUAUUUUGACAUCAGAUUUGUACAUAGGGGUGUUUUGUUAAAUUGUAUGUUGUUUAAAGAAUGCUUAUUGGAUUAUUUUUGAAAAUAUUUUUAAUUGUGUGUUACACUGAUGAGGAUUUGUUUUUGUGUGGGUGAGACUGUGCACCGUCAAUACAUGUUUUUUGGCCAUUGCUACUGGAAGGGUCACUCUUGAUGAACUUCAUGUGGCCUUCUGUUAUACCACCUGUGUUACUAUGGUUCUUAACACUACAUCUGAAAGCCGAUAGAGUUUAGAGGUAAUCUGGCUGCAUCAUCUUAGGCAAUUUAUUAUAAAAAUAUAAAACCACUGUCACACACACACACACACACACGCACGCGCGCGCGAGCACACACACACACACACACACACACACACACACACACACACUUAGGGUUGCCACCUUCAAUACAGAAAAAUAAUGGACGCCUGGAAUAAUGGACAGGGGACUGGAGAAACAAACGGGGUUAAAUACAGCGACACAGGACGAUAAGGUGCAGACAAUAACGCUGUGGCAGUGGUGAUGAGGGCCGGGAACCAUGGGAAAUGUAGUUUGUACACAGACAUUGAAACACGGGGCGGACAACAAGGAAAACGUGACAUGGAACGUGAAAAGUGGCAUGUGAAACAGAAAACCCGGGGUAGACAACACAGGAACGUGACAUAAUCCCGACAAUAUCUGAUGUUGAUGGAGAUGUAAUUAUUAUUAUUAUAUACAGUACUGUACAAAAGUUUUAGGCACUUGUGAAACAUUUUGCAUUGUAAGGAUGUCUACAAAAAAAUGACAAAUUGUUUUCAAGUCCAGUAAACAUAAAAAAGCUAAAUUAUAGUUUUGUUAAUUAUAGCCAUGUUAUAGUUGUUUGCGGAUAGGAUGUUCCAAGCUUCUUGGAGAAUUCACCACAGUUCUUCUUUCUAUUUAGGCUGUCUCAACUGCUUCAGUGUCUUUAUGUAAUCUCAGACUGACACGAUGUUUAGUGGGGGCAACAUACUCUCUUGUAAAAGCAAUGUAAAUUUUAUGGUGAAUGGCACUUUUUAUAUAGUAGAAAUGUUUCAACAGAACAGUGUAAACCACACCAGAUGUCCAUCAAACUUUAUUUGUUCUUUUCAUUAACAGGAACAAAUACAUUCAAAUAGUAUUCAGUGAAUAAAGUAAUGAGGA